CUGUGUAUGCUCAACAUAGGAACCCCUUUGAGUGGGCUACUUUUGUCUUACUAUACCCCUGACCUUUUGGUGCUUGUGAAGAGCCAGGUACCGCUUAUUUUCAUCAAUAUAAGCCUUGCUUUAUUUCCUAUUUAAAUCUCUUCCAAACUCCCGGUCUCACAGGGUGCCUCAUUGACCUCUUGACUCUGAUUUGUUAGCCUGUCUUGCGCCAACAGCCUUCUGUGUGGACAUGAACGACGAUUCGAGCAACAACGAUGCGGCCCAUAUACAUUUCACUUAUCCUGAUUAUCAACACCAUGUAAACCAUGGCCAUCUUAUUCCUGCUGGACCCUCUGGAAUACAUUCAUUACAGCAAAGCCCCUUAUCAAUUCCCUCCUUCGGAUCUCCUUCGAUCAGUAUAAGUCCCACGGAGGAUGCCAUUCGUCAUGGGUUGGACAUUCCUCUAUUCUACGACCAUUCCACCAAUUAUAUAGAUGAUACUCAACCUUUAUUUGACAACGCGAACCCUCUUCCAAGCACAGAGACCGACGGUACAGGUUUUGAUCCGCUGUACUUUGCGCCCGCGCCUGCACCUCAGGCAUCGAACGAGAUAUACCAGGAUGAGUUCAAGCUUGCCGUGGAACAUCUCAUCAACAUGGUUCGGACCGACGUCUUACAACGCCAGAUCCCCCAGCUGCAUGAUGCCAAGGACUUCCUGCAAGUAACUUGGCACAGACUGGACAGCAUGAUUCAGCAACAAAUUAACAUAUCCGAGAGAUUAGCAGAUACUGGUCCCAGAACCAGUAACUUCCGCUGCCAGCUUUGCCCUAGUGGACAGCGGAAGGUCUACAACACGCGGGCCUCAUUCAGACGUCAUGUGGCCUAUGAGCAUGCCCCACGGUCUAUCUAUCGUUGCCUCGAUGACAAGUGCCUUUGGACGACGAAGAGGAAGGAUAAGCUGCAUUCACACUUAAGACACAAUCACGGAUUUCAAUGGCGGGCCACUCGCGAGCAAAUCAACAUAGUCGAGACUAAGAUGCCGCCACCUCGUGUCUGUCCUCUGUGUCAGAGUGCUGUUGAUUCCUGGGAUGAGUACUUUAAGUGUGUGUGUGAGCAUAGUCGCGUGGCAGGAGCUGGCUCGGCAAGCACCAGCGCCAGCCAGAGUCGCCGGAACAGCGAUGACCGUGGCCAAGGCAGUGGCGGCUCUAACUACAAUAAUUUCCAAUUUCCUGGCAGUGAAUUUGGGGCAAACAAUGGCCAGUCAUCCUCUGGGAACGGCAACCAUACGGGCUCUACCUUUUUCAGCACUGGGUACCGCCAGAGCCAGCAUACACAUCAAGCGACACAUAAUGUGAGCGACCUCGCGCCAGCGACUCUGACGGGCCUAAACCCGGGUGUGGUCUCUGGUGAUGGACCAUUAUAUCUUCCAGACGUUGAUGGGCCGCGUUCCGAAGAAAAGACAUCUCCCGGACCAACAAGUCUUACAAGUCAACAUUGGUCGAUGAUGAAUGCUACCAAUCCAACCACAUGCGGCCCACACAAUAAGGGAACUGUCUCCGAGAUCCACAAGUCUCACAUCAACACCUCUGGGUCUGAGGAACAUAAGAGAAGGCCCUGCUCAGAGGAAUCGCUACAGAAAAAAUUUCAUGCUAGAGGUCAAGGAGAGCUCCACCAUGAGCAAAAUGAGGAACGGCCCGAGAAGAAGUGCACCACCUGUGGACAUGUCUUUGACAAUUGCUCUCGAUGUCGACGAUCAGAAGCGCUUUCCGAAAAAUGCCACCAAUGUGUAGAUCGGACCGGCAACAGAGCAGGUCUCCAAAAAGCGUACAUCUGGCGAAGCCGUGACCAGGCUCCUGAUGUGAACAGACAGGAUGCCCUGGCACACUCCGUCACCGACACAACUCGGUCGCUGCCAUUGAAAAAUAUUCGGAUAAGAUCUUCUGAUCUUCUUCACGCUAUGGGUGCUUCCAAAGAAUGUCGACCUUCUGAAGUUUCUUCGCUGAAACGUGAGCCCACCAUUUACCCAGCUCGUAGCCGAACCAGGCUAGAUGGCGGAAGCCACGAGCCUUGCACCACACAACCGCUGUCUUUUCUAAAAUCAAUACUUUCGAUUGAUACCGAUGUGGUGAUUUCGACGGAAACCCUUUCCAGGAAAGACACGGCAGUUGCCUUGCACGCCCCGGGAAGAUAUCUGCCAGCAAAGGUGCAAGAUCAAUCGACACCCGAAGCAAUGGCUAGACUACACCAGCGCCGCGCCGGUCAAAGAGCGACGCCUUUCAUGGCUCGCAACCAGAGGCUGGUAUCCUUCGAUGACGAGAAGAUCGAUAUCUGCGACUCAAACUCGUGGGUGCCACAUGAGAAGACACUAACUCUCAAUUACCUGGACCACGCGGUGCUGCAUGUGAUGUACAGUUCUCUAUCUGAAAUGAUCCUCUAUGAAAUAAAGAUCGAGCAAGGCACCCUGGUCGAAUCGAUGGGUGUGAAUGUCACUCGUCGCUCCUUGGGCUGGCUGUGCAAGCCGUCUAAACAGAAGACGGGCCUUCCUCAAUUGACCAAGAAACGAGUUGCUAAGAAGAAAAGUACCACAAUGUUACGAGCACGGCUCCACAUAGUUGUCGAACUUCUUGCACUCCACGCAAUGGCCAUCAAACGACGGUCCCAGAGGAAGUGUUGGACUGACGGCACUAAUCCAGCUAAAGUCGUCGAUCGGUCGAUUUCUUGCACCUUAACUGAGAUGGCAAGCCCGGAUGAUGUGGUCUCCCCGCUCUUCGACGCUGUCGUAAUGUGGGACACUUUUGCGAUGGUGAAUAUCGUAUCCUCUUGGAUCGCAACUGUCGUCCCCGACACUGAAGGGCAGGUGGAAUUGAUGCUGUUAAUGUGGUCGUAUAUCUAUAUCAUUCUCAACGGCAGCCCGAUCACUCUUCGGCUACAGAGCUAACAUUCAUGACAACAGCUGCCAACUCUGCUUCAUGAUGCUUCGGAAAGGGUUAUGAUUGGUAUUGUCAUGCGCCGCUUCUGUUUCACCUGCAUCUAUCCGCUUGUCGUACUAUGCAUGUUUCUUGUGUUGCACUGCUGAGAUACCUUUCCAGAUAGUGAUAGUUCUCUCUUAUCUUGCAUUAUUCAUGUACCAAAUCGAAAAACUUGAACUAAUAGCAGUC